AAAUGGCAGAGCGUGUCGCAUCCGACGUACUUGCUCGGCCCGUCGGCAAUAACCGCCGCGGUCUUCUUCCGCCACCAAUUCCUUUCAAUUACCUCAUAAUUUCGGGAAAAUGAGCCUGCUAACUUCGGCAAACUCGUAGACUUGCAAGCUCGUACAGGUUGUGACUCAGCAAAAUAUGGAUCUGGGGAAGCAAAUAUCCGGGGUCGUGUUUCUUGCACCCUAACAACAUCUUCGGCUUGCGAUAAGAUGGCAGCUAUCGGGCCAGAUCCACCGGCUGAGGAGUUCAAUCAUAUAGAAGAGGAGGAUUUCAGGCCGACCAAACAAGAAGUAUCUGCGACUUUUGAUGUGACGCGAGUUGUGUCCAUCGAGCCGCCUCCCAAUGGCGGAUGGGUCGCAUGGUCGCAAGUGCUAGGUGGGCACAUCAUCACCUUCUUUACCUGGGGCUUCAUCACAUCGUUUGGCAUGUUCCAGGCACACUACACUUCAAUCGGUCUCUCGACACCCUCCAACAUCUCAUGGAUCGGCGCACUUACCGUCUUCUUCCUACUAUCCGUCCCUCUCUGGUCGGGCGCCGCAUCGGACACUGGCCAUUUCAAACUUGUCUUACGCAUGGGCAUCGGGUUGUGGCUUGUUGGCAUCUUUAUGACAAGCAUCUGUAAAGAGUAUUGGCAAUUUGUACUUGCGCAGGGGUUUUGCAUUGGGCUUGCAAAUGGCUGUAUGUUUGUCCCUAUGGUCUCCGUUAUCUCGACCUACUUCGAUGCGACGAAGCGAAGUUUUGCGAUCAGUAUCACAUUAUGUGGAUCGGGAACAGGGGGUUUGGUAAUCCCGAUAAUGCUCAAUAGGCUCAUCGAUCGCAUCGGAUUUGGAUGGGCGGUAAGGACGUUGGGCUUUAUGGCGCUGGUCAUGCUGUUGAUUGCGGAGCGGCUGCUGAAGAAACGACUCCCGCCAAAAAGCUCGGUGAAGAUGCUCGAACCGAGUGAGCUGAAGGAUCCAGUGUUUGAUCUCUUCAUCCUUGGAUCGGUCUUUUGUUUCGCAGGUCUAUGGUUCGCUUUCUUCUACAUCAAUGCCUUCGCCAGAAGAACCUUGAGCAUGACACUGGAAGAAUCAAUACCGCUCCUUUUGGUGCUGAACGGCGUCGGCAUACCGGGGCGCUUAUUGCCUGCGUACAUUGCCGAUCACUACUGCCGGCCAUUGACCAUCAGCUUAAUCGUCAGCUUUGUCACCGCUCUUCUUCUCUAUUGCUGGGCUGCGAUCAACUCGACUGCAGGCAUGUAUGCCUUUGCGGCGCUUUACGGCUUGUUUGCUGCGGCCUUGCAAGCCAUGUUUCCUGCAACACUAGCAGAUCUGACCUUGGACAACAAGAAGAUCGGUACCAGAAUGGGCAUGGGUUUUGCGCUGUCUAGUUUCGGAUGUCUCAUUGGAGGUCCUGGUGGAGGAGCAUUGGUCGAGGCUGGCAACGGAUCUUACUUGUAUGGACAAGUGCUUGCUGGUUCGUGCGGCGUAUUGGGCUUCACGUGCUUCUUGACUGCAGCGCUGAUCCACAAGAAGAAAGCAAAGCAGCUCGAUGAUGUGUAGAGAAGUAUGGUUGCGGUUCACCUUCAACUAUACCUUUAGUGAAACAUGGGUGUUCGUGCCCUCAUAUACGAAUAUAGAUAAAGUGACCUGUUGGAUAGAACACACCUGGAAUAGGUGGUGACCAGAUCUUGGUGCCUGAGGUCCAGCGGAUACAUGCGACACUUCGGUCUCAGCAUUGACCAGAUCAGCGUCCAC